AUGCUUCGCAUCCUCAUAACCCGCCUCCCCACCCGCCUCAAACCACACCCAAUGGCAUUGAAGAAAGACAAACCUCUCUUCUGCGGAAACAUCACACCCCAAGAACGAACCUUCAACGACGCAGCCUCAACACCGGAAACCCACAGCCGUAUUCUCCCAGCAAUAAAACACGACCAUCUGGAAAUCCUCUCCCACAGCCAAAAGAUCCUCACCUCCACCAACCCAGACGAACAAACCCGCUUCCAAAACCAAUUCACCUGGGAGCUAGCCCGGCACAUCAUCGGCGAAGAACUUGUCGUCUACCCAGCCCUCAUAGCAUCCCUCUCCGACGGUCAACAAGCAGCAGACAGAAACCGACUCGAGCACCAAGGUAUCAAAGAGAAGUUAAAGAUAUUCCAAGAUCUAGCAUCCACAGACCCGCGGUUCGUGCCUACGCUCCGUGGUCUCAUGGAUGACUUCGGUAUUCAUGCUAGACAUGAGGAGGAUGUAGAAUUGCCGAGGCUUGAGGGGAUGUUGUCGAAGGAUGAGAGUGUGGAGUUGACGAAGUCGCUGGAUAGGACGAAGGUUUUUGUUCCGUCACGUUCGCAUCCGAAUGCUCCUAUCAAGCCGCCUUUUGAGAGUGUUGCUGGACUCAUCACGGCACCGAUUGAUUCUGUGGCGGAUUUGUUUCGGAGAUGGCCUCAUGAGAAGAAGGGUUAG